AUGCUCGCCCUGGCGGCUGGUCCUGCCGCGGCCGCGGACAAAGCCGACAUUGUAGAUACGGCGGUCGCAGCAGGGUCCUUCAAGACACUGGCUACGGCCUUGACGGAGGCCGAUCUUGUCAAGGCCCUUAAGGGCAAAGGCCCCUUCACCGUGUUCGCACCGACCGACGAGGCGUUCAAGGCGCUCCCCGAGGGUACGGUUGCUGAACUCCUGAAGCCAGAAAAUAAGAAGAAGCUUUCAGCGAUUCUGACCUACCACGUUGUAAGCGGAAAAGUGAUGGCAUCUGAAGUGGUGAAGCUCAAGGAAGCAGAAACUCUUAACGGCAAGAAAGUUUCGAUCGCCGUGAAGGACGGCGAAGUGAUGGUCGAUGGUGCGAAGGUGGUUAAGACUGACAUUGCGUGCAGCAACGGGGUCAUUCACGUCAUCGACAAGGUGCUAUUGCCGAAGGACGAGGCAAAGAAGAAGUCUGCCUCUACCGGUACAGGUCACGCGACGUACACUUCGGCGGAGGCUGCGCCGACUUGCCCCGCCAGUUCAAACUAA